GGAUAAAAACUUCAUCAUUUGUAUUGCACGCAUAUAAAAGUGAACUAUAGUUUAUCUGUAACAAAAAUAAGAAAGCGUUGAUUUAGACAUAAGCAACCGCAGACUUACUAAAACAUGGAUGAAUGCCGAAAGACGAAGCGAAGGAUUAUAGAUAGCACAUCAGUGCCGACAUCCAGGAGAACUAGUUACAGACAACUAGAUAAAAAUAGCUAUAACAAUAAAAUCAAAGAACCGCUAGAAGAUAUACCAAAAUAUUCCCAAGGACCAGAUGUCAGUGUUAACGGCGUAAGAUCCGAAACGGACGCAGUAAUUAAUGAAGAUGUCAGAGAGAGAUGUACCAAGUUUAAUGAGUAUUGUGUUACUACUGGACAAAAGACACCAAUGAUAACAUUAGCUGAUAUACAAGCAUGUAGGAUGGGACUGAAUCCAACAAAUAAUGGAAAUUGCAUUAAAGCUAAUACACCAAACGCAAAGCCACAACAAUUGAGAUCAGACGCUCAAACUAACAUUGACAUCGUCGAACAAACUACACAAAAUUCACAUUUCAGUUGCGAGGCAAAAUUAUUACAAAAUGGUAACCAUGCUGGAGUUAUGUGCCAUACAAAAAGUGAUGAAGUUCACAAAGGGUGUAUAGAUGAAACCAGCAAACCAAUCGUAACACGAACAAUUCUUGCUGACAUACUGGAGAAAAGAACGCACCAUACUACAGUAUCUGACUUAAUACUUGGGAGACCUCUUAUAGAAACUGAAGAAGGAAAUGACAGAAUGGAUGACUUGCAUGAUGACAAGAUCAAUUCCAUGGUAACACCAAUUCAUAACCAACAUGAGAAUGUUUGCAAACGUAAAGAUUCAGGUGGACCGAUGUAUUCUACGUCGAAGGCGGUAAGGAGCAGUGUGCGCUUUUCUUUGACCGAUUCUAUAAUCAAUGCAUCGGUUGAAGAUAGAUUUAAGACACCUGAAGAUAUAGACACUAAGGUUGACAAACCUUACUCUGAUGUAAUGAAUAAUAAUCCUUUGAUAUUCAACUGGGAUGCCGACGAAGAAGAUGACAUUGGAAGUGUUGUCUUUUCAGAUAUGUUUGAAACAAAGAAUGUUUGCAUUGAAGAAGUAUCUGAAAAGAUAUCAUCAGAGCAGAUCCACUGCAAAGAAAAUAUCAAUAACGUCAAUAUUAAAUUUCACGAAUUCUUUGGCGAUGAUGAUGAACUUAGUUCUAUUGUGGAUAGACGAUCAGAUAGUCCAUAUAUGUAUGAAAGUGUUAUUAAAUGUGGUCAUGGACUAAGUUUAUUCGACGAUCUUAAGACUGUACACGCAAGUAGUAAAUUAUUUAAGGUAUCAGUUAGUGAAACAAAUGAAAUGCCUGCAAGUCUUGAUGACAUGGAAACCAAAGGUUCACACAAUAUGGAUUUAGGACUGGCUUUUCCGUCAUACUACAACGGCAGCAAAGGACCGAGGUCGUUGAGUGAAGAUUGUUUUGAUGUUGAUGACCUCAAUGAUGAUGUAAAUGUGGUUUCUCUUGGCGAUGAUGACGAGAAUGAUGAAAAGGACGUGUGUUCGAGUCUGAUGGACGAACAAAAUGGUGCACCUCGUGUACUUUCUGUGGAGGAGAAGUGGCAAAUCAUCUUUAAUGAGAGAACACGUGCACCAAUAUAUGCAGUUACGCACUACACGGGAUACCUGAACCAGUUUGUUAAUGGUCACAAUGCCGCAUCACGUGAUAGCAAUGUCAUUAAGAAAGAUGGUAUAAAUCCAAUCUCGUAUUUGUUACGGAAACUGAAGUUAGACCUGAAAAUGUCGUAUGAAAGUUUCGUAGAGGAGUUUACAAAGCCCAGUAAUAAUGGUUUAGGUCUCUUGAUCAAGUUACUAAAGUCCAUCCAGAACACAGGCAGCCAACAGUCCGGCUCGACGAACCUGGCACAACUCAAGCACUACAAGAAAACACUGACGGACGAACACGACUGUCUAUUAUGUAUCAAGUAUUCUCUACGUCUCAAGAGUUCUCUGAAGGCAUUGUUUGAUAUCAACUAUGGUUUAGAGACAGUCUCAAUGGCCGUGAUUAGCACGUUCACAAAGUCACGUGGUACCGCCAUAGAAAUCCUAACAAUAUGUCUAUCUACGGAAGAAGGGUUUUCGAGGAUACUGGACUGUUUCACAUACUUACAACUUAAAAUUGGUGAACCAGUCAGAUUCAAAUCUCUUGUAAACAUGAUGAAUAUGGACAGCCGACACAACACACUAUUUAAGGUAUCGACUAUGAAAUUCAUGAACACAUUACUAGAUGCAUCAUCAAAUACAAACAUCCGGGUAUUUCUACAGCACGAGCUCGAGACCGCGGGACUGGAUAUAGACUAUAUGUUACAGAAAGCGACAGGAACAGGUUUAGAAUUUGACGACCUUCGUCGUGAGUUGAGUGAAUGGCAGCGAAAAUAUGUAAAUGUAGACACCAUUUUGUCUGAGCGAGGAACCAUCGCUCAUAGAACACUGGAUCCAGGCAAUCAGAAAAUGAUUGAAGAGUUACAAACGCAAGUAAAGAAACUAUCAGCUGAUAAAGCAUACCUUGAAUAUCAACUCAGUGCUGUGAGCACAGAGUUACGAAGCCGGUAUGAAGAAUUACAGAAACGUACACCGCUACAGCAACAUGCUUCAACCCAAUGUGACAUCGACACUGAAUGUACUCAAUGUGUGAAGACAAAAUCGGAUAAGAAAAGUAUUGGCUGCCAAUCAUACCUGCCCCUGCACACCGCCGUCACGAGUGAUCACUUAAAACAUGCUACAGAUUAUUUCGAAUGGAAGGAUGUCUAUAUAAACGAGAACCAAGACGUGUAUUACCCAGUGUAUCAACAAUGUUCCAGCGAGCCUGUCGACGAGAUGACAACGUCAGACGAAGAGGGAGUCGUUAAAGUUCAACAUUGGUUACGAUCUCACUGCGAGUCGUCAGAAAACGUAAAUAAACUAAAGUCCUGUGCUACCACCGAUCCUUCUAGUAGUGAAUGCCCAACAUUUUACUUUAAAAGAGAUAGUUUAACAAGACGAAGUGUUAGUGUUCGUAAAACAGAGUUCCCCGGAAACUGGAAAUUGAUUCCGAAAUCUUUUGAAAAUUUUCCAUCCCGUUUUCCUGUACAUCAGUGUCACAAAACGAACUGUGAUCGUUGUGACCUUCGGAACAGACCGGAAAAUUCCGGUCAGAAGAACGAUCGUAAAUCAUCUGACACACCGAUACAAAAUUUUGCCUUAGAAGUCAGAUUAAAUGACCUAGUUAAAAAUAAAAAACGUUCAGAAGUUCGUUCUCAAAGUUCAGAUAGUGCCAUAGGAGGUUCAGGAGAGGAACGCACCUGGAACGACAGAAGAAUACCGCUCGUUCCCGCCAAAACUACGGAAGCGGAAAUACUUCAAGAUCUGAUUCAGCCGGACGAUUCUGCAAGCGCUUGUCCAGAAUCUGAGCCAUAUCCGGAUUAUUCUUCUGUUGAUUCAAGAUUUGGUACUCAAAAUAGUUUAAGGACACAGCUUUCGCAAGUGCUUAGGGAAUUUGAAGGAGAUUUACUCCAGUACGAAUCGCCUUCCAAACCUAAAACUGAGCCGGUAGAACAUUUUAUUUGUCUUGGUGAUAUUUAAUUUAAUAUGAUACUCUUGUUAAAUGACUUGAGGCAAUAUCAAAGUGAUGUUAAUGAUUUUUCAAAUUGUGUUUGUGGACAUAAAAGUGUUAACAAAUCUAUUUAUACAUGUAUUUGACAUCAUUUUGUUAUACAAAUGUCUCUGAUAUAAAAUGGCCACCCACUUUUGUUUAUAGUGUUUUUUGCAGCGUUUCACUUGUUUACCCCAUGUAACCAAUGGGAAUGAGUUUCAUUUACCUGCGUUAAUGUAAUUGACUUAUUCAGAUGAUAAAUCCACAAACUUCAUAUUGAACUAGAGAAACACAAAAUCCGUAAAGAAGGCCCAAAAGCAGCACAAUUAUAAAACGUUGCAGGCUCGGUCUAAUUGAACC